AUGAUCCGUCCCAGCGCCGCCCUCCUCCGCCCCAUCGCGCGCCAGGUCGCCGCACGCAGGUUCGCCAGCACCACCGCUGGCGGCAUCGAGCACCACUCCCCCUCCGACCCCAUCCCUGCCCCUCCCCGCGGCGUCGCUCCCGACCCCCAGCUCGUUGGCCAGGACUACCCUCAGCUCCCCGAGGUCUCGCUGCAGACCAGGUCACCUUACGGCUGGUGGGACAGGCAGGAGCGCAAGAACUUCAACGAGAUUGUUCUGGAGGAGGAGGACCGCCUGGGCAUGUGGGGUCCCGACAUUCACAAGACCACCCCCUUCUCGGCUCUCAUGCAGCUGAGCCUGGCCCUCUCGCUCGUCGGCGGCUUUGCGUACAUUCUCUCCGUCACCCGUCCCGAGAGCCCCGUCGCCAAGCGCGACUACCCCUACAACGGUCUUGAGAAGGAGCUCGGCGGCCACGGCGGCGCCCGUGCCGAGCAGCCUGUGCUCGACGACGAGUAA